AUGUCUUUUCAGAAGAUACUCGAUCAGGCAGCCAUAAACUCACUGAAAACCAACGUCGGGCAACAUCCUUAUUCUGCAAUCUUCGCUUCUGCCGUUGUUGUGCUUCUAGCAUGGCGGUUGGUGAGAUUCACCAUCGUGCCGGUCUUCCGGCCGAAUGAGCCUAAAGAAUAUCCGUACUGGAUUCCUGGCGUUGGACAUCUCAAAAGCUUCAUUGAUAACUCGCAGGGUCUAUUUACGAGUGGCAGACUCUACUUCGGUAACACGCGCGAACCAUUUACAAUCACUUUGACCAAUCUCCAGUUCUAUGUUGUCACUAAGCCAGAAGAUGUCUCCGAGGUCUACCGCAAUACGACCACACUAUCUUUCGAUAUCUUCGCGCAAGAGAUCCUGGAUUACUUUGGAUGCUCCAAAUCGUCCAUCCAGAGCAUGUACGAAAGGACUGAUCCCCACAAGACAAUCCAUCCAAACCCAGAUGGCAAGUCGCUUGCUCGUCUUUCACGCGAUUUCCAUAUCCACCAGCUCUUUCCGGGUAGCGGCAAUCUACUCGACGAGGUUGGUGCCUUGUUCAUCAACUAUUUCGACAAGGCUCUCACGGCAGAUGGGCUCGCAGAGAGAGAUCGACACGUGAUGUUUGUGAGCGAGGAUUCUGUCAAAGUCUCGCUCUUAGGAUGGUUGUAUGACAUGGUUGCGGAUUCUAUUCUAGACCUUUACUUUGGCGACCUUCUUCGCAAGAUCAAGCCAGAUUUCGCGAAGGUCUUCCUUGAGUUCGAUGAACACUCUUGGCAGGCAUUGUUUCGGUAUCCGCGCUUUCUAGGUAAGAAAAUGUUCGCACCGAUGGAUCAAGUUGUCGACGCUAUUGAGAAGUAUUUCGAAGCGCCCCAGGAAGAUCGACGGGACACAGUGUGGUACACGCCAGCACUGGAGAAGGAGAUGAGGAAUGUGAAUGUCGGCAACCGAGACAUUGCCAUAAUGAUGAUGACGAUAUAUUGGGGGGCGAACACAAAUACGGCGAGGGGAGCUUUCUGGAUGCUCACAUAUCUGCUCUAUGACAAGGAGCUCUUGGAACGCGUCCGCGCAGAAACUGCACCGGCAUUCAAGGGAGAAACGACCGAUCUUGAUCAUAUCUGGAACAACAGUCCUCUCCUCCGCGGCGUAUGGGACGAGACGCUACGCAUAACCGCGUUCUCCUCCUCGGUACGGUUCGUGGCAGAAGACAUAAUGAUUGGAGGUAAGCUUUUGCGCAAGAACCGCCGUAUCAUGAUGCCCUACCGGCAAAUGCACUUGAACGAAGCGGUAUUUGGGGAGAAGACAAGCGAAUUCGACGCCGAGCGAUUUGUGAGGGACCCCAAGUUGCGCCGAUACAACAUGGCCUUUGGUGGAGGCUCGUCCCAGUGUCCCGGGCGGCAUUUCUCCGGGCAGGCAGCCAUGGUUUUCGUCGCAAUGGUGCUACAUCGUUUCGACCUCAGUCUCGAUCCAGCUGAUCAGAAAUUUCCUGAGGCGGAGGAGAGUAAGCCAGUGCUAGGACUCAUUAGCGUCAAGAAGAAUUCGAGCCUUGAACUGAAGCUUAAGCGGAGAAACCUGGGAAAAAGGUUAUUAGGAGGCAUUGAGAGAGCGUCGCCCAUCCCACUGCACAGCGACCAGCAUUUUCAUACCAUGGGGUUGAGCAGAAACGUGCUUACUGCGCCCCACGCAUUGUUUGCGCUGCUGUUGCUCCAGCCGCAUCUCAGCAUCUCAGCUCCAGUCAGUUCGGCCAACUGUUGCUCAGUCCUCACAGACAAGCUCCCAGACCGCACCUUUAUCAGCGCGAGUGCGGCGUACAGCAGCUCCAUCUCCUCGUACUGGGCCGAGCAGGAAACCGAGCUGAGGCCUGCCUGUGUAAUUGUUGCUUCAACAUCAAAUGACGUUGCGACAGCUGUGCGAACUCUGACCGCACUGAACAACGGAAAGAACCAGUCCUGUCCUUUUGCUGUGCGUUCUGGUGGACAUGGCAAGAGCGGCUUUUCGAAUAUCAAUGGAGGUGUCGUACUUGACUUGAGCGCCCUGAACACUGUCUCCGUCAGCUAUGACCACAAGAUAGCAAGUAUCGGACCAGGUGCAACAUGGGGUGACGUGUAUGGCAUAUUGGAUCCGAUGAACUUGACUGUUCCAGGCGGUCGACAUGCAGGAGUUGGUGCUGGAGGACUGACGCUCGGAGGCGGUCUUUCAUAUUUUAACCCCUUAGUCGGUUUCACCUGCGACAAUGUCGUUAACGCUGAAGUUGUUCUGGCAUCUGGCGAAAUUGUCAAUGCCAAUGAGAACGAGAACGAUGAUCUUCUUCUCGCUCUACGGGGUGGUUCCAACAACUUUGGAGUCGUCACCCGUAUCGACAUGGAAACGCUACCUCUGGGACAAAUUUGGGGAGGAACGCAAUACUACGCCCUUGAGACGUAUACCCAGCAAUUACAGGCGCUGUAUGAUUUUACGGCAGAUCCGGAAUACGACGAGUAUGCUUCUAGCACGAUGAGCUUUGGAGCGAACGCCGCUCAAGCAGUUGCUUUGAAUAAUCUGGUAUAUGCAAAGGCCACCCCAGAGCUGUCGCCGAAGUUGCAGCCAUUUACUGAAAUUCCUUCACUUUUUGGCACGCUGCGACAGACGAAUUUGUCCGAUGUAACGAAUGAGCUGGCUGCUGCAUCGCCAGAUGGUUUUAGGCAAGCCACAUACACAAUGACCUUCAAGAACUCAGUUGAAGUAUUUGAAGCCGCUUUCCAGCUCUGGAAUGCCACAGUGCUAGAAACCACCACCGUCCGCAACAUCUCCUUCGCAUUCUCAAUAGAACCGCUCCCCCUGGCCGUGCUCUCCAAAUCCGCUCCUCGAGGCGGUAAUCUGCUCAAUCUGGCCGACUCAUCCGAGCCGUUAGUCAUCUGGCUCCUCUCCGCCACGUGGGGUGACGACGGAGACGAUGCAAAGAUGUUCGCACUGUGCAAGAAACUAUGGGAGGACACGGAAGCAGCAGCUAAGCAAUUAGAUGCCUAUCAUCCACACAAGUACAUUGGAUAUGCCGCUAAGGAACAAGACGUCUUCUCAGCAUAUGGUGCUGAAAACGUCGCAUUUAUGCGGGAGGUCAGCAAGAAAUAUGAUCCUCAGCAAAUCUUCCAGAGGGCAGUGCCUGGUGGUUUCAAGCUGCUCGAUGUACAAGGUUAG